ACAAUAGAGACUGACUUUCAGCAUAACCAUUACUGUGCUAUUAUAUAUUAGAUAUAUUUUAUAACCUAUAUUAUUAGACAAUAACUCAGAUGAGAAUUUACUAGUGAUAUUUACUUUAUUAAGUUAAGCAGUGUCAAUAUAAAUAUUAAAUACCUAGGUAUUGGUAGAUAGUAUGGGGUUUUUAUGCGGUUCUCAAGAGCAAAAAAGAAGAAAGUUAGUGCGUAGCAAUAUAAUAAAAUUAUUGAAGCUUCAAGAAUAUUUACAAUCAAAAAAUGGUCACGUUCUUUUUCGACUUGAUGCCAGAACAGUAAUAUUAAAACCUGCUGCGGACAGUGCGGACUCGCCAAUACUGGAGGAGGCCGGUGAGAGUGGCUCCGAACAGAAGCCAAAACCGCUUGUUAAAUAUGGCGAACUUGUUAUACUCGGGUACAACGGGUACCUACCAGCGGGCGAGCGUGGUCGUCGCCGGAGCAAAUUUGUUCUGUACCGGCGACCGACCGCGAAUGGAGUGCGACGCUCCAAACACUACGUGGUGAAGACACCGCACAGCAGCAAGGCGAUCCUCGACGCGAGCCAGCACUCUAUCUCGUACACGCUCAGCCGCAGCCAAGCGGUCAUCGUUGAGUACACAGAGGAUCCCGACACGGAUAUGUUUCAGAUUGGCAGAUCGUCGGAGUCUCCGAUUGACUUUGUAGUGAUGGACACAGUGGCUGGUGACAAGAGCAGCGACACGAAGGUGCUACAGAGCACGAUAUCGCGGUUCGCGUGCCGCAUCAUUGCGGACCGCAACGACGUCAACAAUUGUCGCAUCUAUGCAGCAGGCUUCGACUCCUCGCGGAACAUAUUUCUCGGCGAAAAGGCGACAAAAUGGACAGAGAAUCACGAAAUUGACGGAUUAACGACAAACGGUGUAUUGAUAAUGCAUCCACGUGGUGACUUUUGCGGCGGCAAUGCCACCUGUGGCCCGUGGCGCGAAACCUCAGUCGGCGGCGCGGUCUUCUCUCUUAGGGAGAGUCGGUCAGCUCAACAAAAGGGUGUGCCAUGCCAAGCUGAAACAAAUGUGCUGAGAGAUGGAACUAUGAUCGACUUGUGUGGAGCAACCUUGCUAUGGAGGAGCGCUGAAGGACUUAAAAAUUCUCCCACGAAGCGCACGCUGGAGGCGCUGGUGGACGAGCUAAACGCGGGGCGGCCGCAGUGCCCGGUGGGGCUCAACACGCUCGUCAUCCCCCGCAAGCUGUCCGCCGCGCACCAGGACCUCAACCAGCCCUACGUCUACCUCAACUGCGGACACGUGCAAGGCGAGCACUCGUGGGGCGCGGACGGCAGCGAGGCGGGCGUGCGGCGCUGCCCCAUGUGCCUGACGGCGGGCGCCGUGGUGCGCGUGUGCAUGGGCAUCGAGCCCGCCUUCUACGUGGACGCGGGCCCGCCCACCUACGCCUUCAACCCCUGCGGACACAUGGCCUCCGAGCGCACCGUCAAAUACUGGGCGAGCGUGGACAUCCCGCACGGCACCAACGGGUUCCACGCCAUCUGCCCGUUCUGCGCCGCGCCGCUGCAGGGCACCCCCGGGUACGUCCGCCUCAUCUUCCAGGACAACCUUGACUGAAUCUCAAUAGCGCAGAUUCGCGUACAAAACUGUACGCAGAAAAGUGCAUCGCGGUGAAAGUGUCUACUGAGUGAUUCGUAGCGGCAACAUCAGCGAUCACUUUUGAUGUAUGGACAAUUGAUUUAGCUUCUCGCUACUCGAUAAGCGUAUGUAAAGUUACGUUCGUACGACACGUCGACAAUUAUAUUCUUGAGGCCUGCUAGUGCACUCACUAAUGUAUGCACCGAACACAUUUGUAUAGACGGAAUCUCACUAGAGAGUGUGGCGUCUAUCUGGGGUAGUAGUCGUACGUAUAUUAAAUAAAGUUAUAUGUAUGUUAUUUACUAUUGAUAUAGUAGAUUUUGUCGAACAAAAGAUCGUGACAAAAUACUACAUAGCUUAUUAUACAGAAAACAAAACCCGUUGUGUUAUAUUUAAAUCGCUUAAUAGGAUGUAAUUGGUUGAUUUUAAAUGCACUAUUAUUAACUUCAGUAUAAACAGACUCUGUUCGCACAUUAUAUUUAAGGUCAUUCAAUUUUAAACUUUAUUGUACAUUAUAAGAAGAUUUAAAUUGGUUUAGGUUAAAUAUAAGUUGUUAGUACCAAUUUUAACUAAAAACAAAACUAAACCAAAAAAAUAUUAGAACUGAAUUUAGAAAUGCCAUCAGAGUGAGUAACAAUAUCGUACGACUACAGUCCAGAGGUUUGCAUAAUGUGAUACAAUAGAUGAUAUGUUUACUUUAAAUUAAUGCAUUGUUAUUAUCUGUAUCAUUUUAUUUUGAUGAUUGAAACUACACUUAAUUUAACAUUGGCAUUAAGAACUUUCCUAUCGAAAGUCCAUUGUUAAACAUAGACUGCCUCCUAAGACAAGGUCCCCUAUGUCAUAGUUGCCACACUUAGCAGGCAAAGUUGGCAAUGUGGCAAAAUAAUGGUUGUUAUCAGGAUGGCUCUUACGACGUAUCGGAUGAUAACAGGUAGUGGAUAUUCUUACCUCGCCACUAGACAGCAAAAUAAUUAUACUAAUACCUAUCGGAAAGAAUAUAAUUGUGGAAUUUUAGUCAUAAAAUUAUUUUAUAUGACAAUACGGAUAUUGUAAACAGUAAUACUUGUUCUAUGUGAUUAUUUAGAUGUCACAGUCAUUAACGAACUGUCAACGUAACAAGUAUAUCAGUCUCUUUUUCUUUCCCGCUCUUUCGGUGUGAAAAAAUAAAGCUUUAAGUAAGUUUCGAUGUGCUUAUACUGUGUAAUAAUAUACAGUGUAAGCACAUCGAAAAUGAAACCUACAUAUUGUGGUUGUGAUAAAAAUUGGGUAGUUGAAAAUUUCCUUGGUAAAUUACCUUGUUAUAUAAUUUCUAUUUGCUGCUUUACGUUGUAUGCCAAAACGUUUGACUUUUAAUGUUUGAUUUUAGUGAUUUAAAUAUUGAAAGUAAUGUGUUUGUUUCAUAACAAGAAAUUAGAAUGUAAUUUCCUGCUAUUCUCGCUAUUAUCGCUAUAGAUAAAUUUCAUUUUAACAACUCAUAAAGAUAAUUCAAUUGGCAUGAGUGUUUUUACCAUGUUUGACAGUAGUGGUGCAAUAUUUUGGAACAGAAUUAAUCGCUUUAGCUGUCCUAUUCUUAAUUUAAAAAAGCAAACAAAUACUGGAUUAGUGUAGUUCCAGUCAUUAAAAUGAUGAAAGUUGGUAACUAUGUUAAGAAAAUUAUUUUUGUGGCAUUAUAUAAGUAAAAGGCUAGAUUCGUGCGCAGGAACGAUGGUAACCCAAACCCAAUCGAUUUCCUUAUUGACGCAUACUAAAAUUAUAAUUUAUGAAAUGCAAAUAUUUAUAAAGUUGAGGGGACAUUUUUGCCCCUUUAAUUAAUUGAUGUUAGUGCAUAUUAUAUAGAGUUUGGAUAACGAACUAUUUAUUUGUUAAAGUGAGUAUGUAAAAAUAAAAUGACCGGUGGAAUAUAAGAC